AGGAGACAAACAAUCCAGCAGAGAGUCCAGGACACAGAGAAAGACCUGAAGCUGCUUCAACAGGAGGAGGAGGCCCUCAAUGGCUCUGCUGAUAAAGCAGUGGAGGACAGUGAGGAGAUCUUCACUGAGCUGAUCCGUCUGCUGGAGAAAAGAAGCUCUGAUGUGGAGCAGCAGAUCAGAUCCCAGCAGGAAACUGAAGUGAGUCGAGUCAAAGAGCUUCAGGAGAGACUGGAGCAGGAGAUCACUGAGCUGAAGAGGAAAGACCAUGAACUGAAGCAGCUCUCAGACACAGAGGAUCACAACCAGUUUCUACACAGCUACCCCUCACUGUCACCACUCAGUGAAUCUACACACUCAUCCAGCUUCAGGAUCCGUCCUCUGAGGAACUUUGAGGACGUGACAGCAGCUGUAUCACAGGUCAGAGGUCAACUACAGGACAUUCUGAGUGAGACAGAGACACAGAUUUUACAGAUUGUGUCUCAAGUGGAUGUUUUACUGCGACAACCAGAGCCAGAGACCAGAGCUGACUUCUUAAGAUAUUCACAGGAAAUCACACUGGAUCCAAACACAGUAUACAGACGUGUGUUAUUAUCUGAGGGAAACAGACAAGUAACAUGUAGGAGUGAAGGUCAGCCUUAUUCUGAUUACUCAGGGAGAUUCCCUGAUUGGUGUCAGGUCCUGAGUAGAGAGAGUCUGACUGGACGUUGUUACUGGGAGGUGGAGUCUGAUAACAUGAUUUGGAGGCGGCACACGAUUCCAUUCGCCUUCUCCUCCUCCUUCCCCCCCGCCGUGCUGAGGUUCUCGCCCUGCCGCAGGGAAGCCGGCUCAGACACUCGGGCUAACCGCCGGCUAAUAGCCAGAACUACCUGGAUCCCCUGUAGACUGGAGCUCAUGAAGGUUCCAGGUCUGAACUGGAUCUGGAUCCUGAUCCAGAGACUGGAGCUCAUGAAGGUUCCAGGUCUGAACUGGUUCUGGAUCCUGAUCUAG